AUGAUCCGGAUAGCGUACAAUAAAGAUUAUUUUAAUGUAGAAUAUUCACAAUCUUUCGAUUUCGUUUUGGCUGUGGCUUUAAAUGCUAUUCCAAUUGCUGCAAUAUGGUUUCAUUCUUCAAUGUUGGAAGCCUUCAAAUCUCACCUAAAACAAUUGACAUCAUCUCUCUGCAGUUUUAAAUGUUGCUCCAAGUCAAAUAAUUCUCUCCAACCAAAACCUCAGCUGGCUAUAAAUUCAAUUCUGCCGUUUCCACCAAAUCAACCAACAAAUACAACUAAGAGAUUAAAUAAUUAUAAAUCACCUAGAGCUUUAUUAACUGGGCAAAAAUUAAUAAUUGGUAGGGAAGAGGAACAACGAGUUUAUUUCAAUGAAUUACGUAAAAGUUGGAAUGUGCCACCUUACGAGAUGAAAAAGAAAUAUAUUAAAUAUUAA